AUGUCUCAACCAACAUCUGAAGAUGAAAAGCCACCAACGGCCACUACAGAGACAAGCGUCGUUAAGAUGGAGACGCACGAGUAUCCAUCCAAUCAGAAGCGAGUGCUCAUCAUGGGCUCGCUUUACCUGGCCAUCUUCUUGGUUACUCUGGACACAAAUAUCAUUUCGACCGCCAUCCCUCGAAUUACAGACGAGUUCCAUUCUCUCAACGAUGUAGGCUGGUAUGGCUCGGCCUAUUUACUCACCCAGUGCAGCUUCCAGCUCGUCAUGGGAAAAGUUUAUAAAUACUAUCCUACGAAACCAAUUCUUCUUGUCGGCAUUGUUCUCUUUGAAGUUGGAUCCGCUGUCUGUGGUGCAGCUCCCAGCUCAGCAGCCUUCAUUGUCGGUCGUGCCAUCGCCGGUCUAGGAGCAUCGGGCAUCUUUUCUGGCAUCAUGGUCGUCUUGUUCCAUACUAUUCCGCUGCAACAGAGACCCAUCUACCAGGGCCUUUUCGGAGCCGUCUUUGCACUUGCUUCUGUUAUUGGCCCCGUUGUUGGUGGCACCUUUACAGACAAGGUCACUUGGAGAUGGUGCUUCUACAUCAACCUGCCGAUUGGUGCAGUUUCGCUCAUUGUCACCACUUUGAUCCUCCACAUGCCCAACCAAAAGCUUGAAACACCUGCGGCAACAUUGCUCGGUAAAGUUCAGCAACUCGACCCGAUUGGCAACCUGGCCUUCUUCCCCGGCAUCAUCUGCUUGAUUCUGGCUCUGCAGUGGGGAGGCACCACAUACCCCUGGAGCGACGGCCGUGUCAUUGCCCUCUUUGUCAUCUGCGGCGUCUUUGUUUCGCUCUUCAUCGGCAUCCAGAUCUGGAAGGGCGAGGCUGCAACAGUCCCACCUCGUAUUGCCAAGCAGCGCAGCAUCAUCGGAUCUCUCUGGUUCACCUUCUUCAGCGGCGCCGGCAUGAUGGUCGCCACGUACUAUCUUCCCAUCUGGUUCCAAGCAAUCAAGGGCGUUGACGCCAUUACUUCUGGCCUCAUGUUGCUGCCCACGAUUCUUUCGGUGGUUGUUUCUUCGAUGGGAUCUGGAAUUCUCAUUUCCAAGCUCGGCUACUACACUCCGUUUUUCUAUAUCAGCGCAGUCAUGAUGCCGAUUGGAGCAGGGCUGUUAUCAACGCUGGAACCCGGAACUGGCCACUCCAAAUGGAUUGGCUACCAGGUCCUCUUUGGGCUGGGUCUUGGCUUCGGCAACCAGCAGCCCCUGAACGUCGUACAGACGAUCCUGGACAGACCAGACAUCGCGACCGGUUCCGCCCUGGUCAUGUUUCUCCGUUUCCUCGGCUCGUCCAUCUUCUUGCCAGUUGCACAGAACAUCUUCAUCAGCGGCUUGAGCUCGAGAGUCGGCCACAAUAUUCCAGAUGUCGACCCCAAGCAAGUGGCUAGCGCGGGCGCCACGGAUUUAAAGAAUUUGGUUCCGGCGAGCUACCUGCCGACGCUUCUCAUUGAUUACAACGACGCGAUCAUGGUUCUUUUCUACAUGAUGGCUGGGAUAACAGCGGCUUGUAUCUUUGGCUGCUUCCUUGUGGAAUGGCGCAGCUUGAAGGCUCGUGCUAAGAAUGAGGCGGGAGCGAAGCCAGCCCCGACAGAUCCAGAAGCGAAAGAGGUGGCUGUGGCGGAGGCGUAA